AUGGUCGCGGUUGUCGUGUCUCCAGCGAUCAUGGCGGUCCUUCGCGUCCGAUUGAUAAAGAUGUGGUCGCUAAUGAUCAUUAAGCCGGACAUUGUUGCUCAUCCGCCUCUGCUUCAGGUUGUGCUGCGGGAGUUACUGAGCGCAGGUGUGGUGAUUGGCGGAGCUCGAAAACUUCAAAUGACCACCGAUAUUGCUAGUCAGCUUUAUGCAGCACAUAAAGGGAAAUACUUCUUUAAGAGACUUGUCUGUCAUGUAACCAGUGGUCCUGUGAUAGCGAUGUGCGUCGACGGUGAUGUUAGACGGAUAUUAGGUGGUAGUCGACUGUAUCCAAUACCUAAAGAAAGCGAAUUCUCUACUCUAAGGCAGCGCUACUCUCUCUCUACUGUUCGUAACGUGGCCCAUGCUUCAGAUCCAGAAGCAACGGUCAGGGAACUGGCGUUAUUCGAACCGUUCGAAUCUCCUGAUUCAGUUCUGAAUGACAUUUUCAGCUGA